AUGGUUGCACCACCUUUUCCUGCUGCCUACGGGCACCUCCUCCGUGACCGCGCCACCAUCAAGGCGCCGGUCAUGCUUUCGCCGGGCGUCAUCCCGAAGAAGAGAGCCCUUCGCCCCAAGAAGCCCAGCCGUCGGCCAAUUGGGGCCAAGGAUACUAAAAGCCGGCGCGCCAAAAGAGCCGUGGCUGCCACCACCACCACAGCCGCCGCCGCCACCACCUCCAAGGGUCAGCCCAAGCAACCGCCCAAGGCCAUCAAGUACUGGAUGGUCCUCUCUCCAGCUGGCAGGAGGAGAAUCAUCCAUAUCGCCGAGGUUUCGGAGGUGCCCGAGGACGCGAUCUCGGUUGAGAUCGUGGUCCCUGCCUCCCACCGAAAUAGCUCCGACAGCAACAACUUCGACAGCAACAAUGCCGGCAGCAGCACCAGCACCACCGAAAUCAUGCAGGUAUUUCACAAACCGCUACCACCGAAAGCUGAAGCGAUGGAGGCUUCCUUGAAUCAGAUGCAGGCUCUCUUGAGUCAGAUGCAGGCGGCCAGUCAGGCCGACCCACAGGGGCUCUCUAACCCAUCCCGCGUGGAUGUCACCGUCACUCCGGGUCAAUACGUCGCAACCUUCAAUCUCGAAAUGAUCACCGGCAUCCGCAGUCUGAUAGAGUUCAUCAGUCUGGCGUGGGCACCGGGCAUUCUCCGGCCCUUUUGUUGGAUUCAUACUCUAGAGAAAAACGAACAUAUCCGCGGCACCAGGUGGCUCAAAGAUACACUCACAAACUUCAAUUACAAGGACAACUCAAUCCGAGAUCAGGUCAACGUCAUUGAAGACAUCUAUGACAUUGAAGACACCGAUGACAUUGAGGACACCGAAAACGAGGAACCCUUAGUCAGGCUGUACCAGCUCCAGGCUGUACCAGCUCCAGGCUGUACCAGCUCCAGGCUGUACCAGCUCCAGGCUGUACCAGCUCCAGGCUGUACCAGCUCCAGGCUGUACCAGCUCCAGGCUGAUGCGUUCACACUCACUGAACAAAUCGCCAGAAGCAAGAUUAGUCAGGAGCUGGUACAGCUUCAACAGCAUGGCCUCCCUCUCAAUACGGUCCUAGCAUAUGUUGGCAAUGAUGCCACCGACAAGGUGCUUUCCAACUACGGAUUUCCAAAGCAAGCAGAUGAUGCCGAGAACGCCGCUCUUUCUUCUAACGGUGCAGGUGUCGGAUCUGACGGGGAUUACCACUCGGCUGGUAGUGGAAUUCGUGAAGACAACCAGGAGGAGGAGGAAGACGACAACGAGGAGGAGGAGGAAGAAGACGACCAGAAAGAAGAGGAAGGCACGGUUCCAAACAGCUGCCCGGUCCCCGGCUGUUUCAGAAAUGGCAUGUCUUACACCGAGCAUACGAGUUUACAGAGGCAUAUUCUCACUCACCAUGCCGAUCUCACGGAUCCAAAGAUCAAGAAGGCCUGUCGUAUGGAGUGGAGCAUGCACGUUUCUGGAAAUCCGCGUGGACAGGAGAUCGAGAAGCUGUUUGGCCCGUGGCCUGGGCAGGCGCCGCCACCUCCGAAGCAGUAA